AUGCAGCAGAGACUGAGCAAGGUCAAAAUAUCUGAUUUAAUUGAUUACUUCAGAGGUAUUGACGACUUGAAAUAUCUCUGUUCCGAUUUUUUGGAUUGCUUUGAUAAAGAACAGAAAACUCCUUGUAAUCUGCCCAAAUAUGAUCUGUUGAUGGAGAAAGAAGCAGAACUCGUGAAAGAAAUUCACGAUACGGCGAAAGAGAUGAUAGAAAAUUAUGCUGAAAUCAUCUUGUCAUAUGAAGAAAGAGCUGCAGAAAGAGAAAGAAAGGAGCAGAUAGAAAUAAUAAAGAGACUGGAAAAGAAACCUAAACUUCCCAAAGUCGAUUAA